GUUAUCGAUAGCGUGUGCGAAAUUGAAUUGUUUUGGCAUUUCUUUGUUUUUUGUGUUAUUUAUGAGGCUUCCCCACGAUGCUGCCCAAUCCCAACGACAAGAAGGAUCGCUAUGCCAAAUUGUCCUUCCUGGGCGAGGGUCAGUUCGCCAUCGUCUAUAAGGCCCGCGACACGGUGACCAGCCAGAUUGUGGCCGUGAAGAAGAUCAAGAAGGGAUCCCGCGAGGACGCACGCGAUGGCAUCAACCGGACUGCUCUGCGGGAGAUCAAGAUCCUGCAGGAGCUGCAGCACGAGAACAUCAUUGGCCUGGUCGAUGUCUUUGGCCAGCUUUCGAAUGUCUCGCUGGUCUUCGACUUCAUGGACACCGAUCUGGAGGUGAUCAUCAAGGACACGAAGAUCAUCCUCACCCAGGCGAACAUCAAGGCCUAUGCCAUAAUGACGCUGAAGGGCCUGGAGUAUCUGCAUCUCAACUGGAUCCUCCAUCGCGAUCUGAAGCCCAACAAUUUGCUGGUGAACAGCGAUGGAGUGCUGAAGAUCGGUGAUUUCGGUCUGGCCAAGUCGUUUGGCUCGCCGAAUCGCAUCUACACCCACCACGUGGUCACCCGCUGGUAUCGUUCGCCGGAACUGCUCUUCGGCGCCCGGCAAUAUGGCACCGGCGUGGAUAUGUGGGCGGUGGGCUGCAUUCUGGCGGAGCUCAUGUUGCGGGUGCCCUUCAUGCCGGGCGACUCGGAUCUGGACCAGCUGACCCGGAUCUUUGCCACCCUGGGCACCCCGUCGGAUGCGGAAUGGCCGCAUCUGGGCAAGCUGCAUGAUUAUUUGCAGUUUAGGAACUUUCCGGGAACCCCGCUCGAGAAUAUCUUCACAGCCGCUGGCAAUGAUUUGAUCCACCUGAUGCGUCGCCUGUUCGCCAUGAAUCCUUUGAGGCGAGUCUCCUGCCAGGAGGCCCUCAGUAUGCCGUACUUUGGCAAUAAGCCCGCUCCCACUGUGGGCCCCAAAUUGCCCAUGCCCUCGGCCAUUUUGGCCGCCAAGGAGGGCGCCAAUCCGCAGGCCGGCGAGGAGAAGCCCGCGCUGAAGCGGAAGCUGGUGGAGACCACGGUUAGGGGCAAUGGAUUGGCCCAGAAGAAGCGGCUGCAGUUCUAGCACAAACACACACUUAAGGUAUCGAUCAUUUGCAGUGCAUUGCAUUGUCAAAACAAAUCGGUUGUCAGACAUUUUGUACUAUAUCUUAAAUAUUUGUACAACUACUGUUUAAGAAAGGAGUUCUCAAGGUUUUCUUUUGUACGAUCCUUUGGAAAAUAAUUUAUACAAUUUACCUAUUAGAAAAGGAAACAAAGAAACAAGUCACAGAUUUUCUAUUAUAUCUUAAAUAU